AUGCUGUCCAGGACAAUUAGGCGGAGCAUUGCCUCGCCCUUGAGGCGCAAUGCCAUCACCCCUGUUGCGCGCCCCGCCUUCAGGUCUGUCACCACCGACGCCGCUUCAUCGCAUACCGACCCGGCCAAUGUGCCCUCAGAGGACGACAAGCCUUUUGAGAUCCGCCUCUCGGACGAGGCAUUCGAGACAUAUGAACUCGACCCGCCGCCAUACACCAUGGACGUCACCAAGAAGGAGCUGAAGCAGAUGUACUACGACAUGGUCGCUGUCCGACGCAUGGAAAUGGCCGCCGAUAGGCUCUACAAGGAGAAGAAGAUUCGGGGUUUUUGCCAUCUGUCCACCGGUCAAGAGGCCGUCGCCGUCGGUAUCGAACACGCCAUUGAACGCGCCGACCAUCUCAUCACCGCCUACCGCUGCCACGGCUUCGCUCUGAUGCGCGGCGCAACCGUCAAGUCCAUCAUCGGUGAAUUGCUCGGCAGGAGAGAGGGUAUUGCCUACGGAAAGGGUGGAUCCAUGCACAUGUUCGCCCCCGGCUUCUACGGUGGAAACGGUAUCGUUGGUGCUCAGGUCCCCGUUGGCGCUGGUAUCGCCUUCGCAUGCCAGUACACCAACAAGAAGAACGUUACCCUGGCUCUCUACGGAGACGGUGCUUCCAACCAGGGUCAAGUCUUCGAGGCUUUCAACAUGGCUAAACUCUGGAACUUGCCCGUCAUCUUCGGUUGCGAGAACAACAAGUAUGGUAUGGGUACCGCUGCCAACCGCUCGUCUGCCCUCACCGAUUACUACAAGCGUGGUCAGUAUAUUCCCGGUCUGAAGAUCAACGGCAUGGACGUCCUUGCCGUCAAGGCUGCCGUCAAGUACGGAAAGGAGUACGCCGCCGCUGGCAAGGGACCCCUUGUUUACGAAUACGUCACCUACCGUUACGGCGGACACUCCAUGUCCGAUCCUGGAACCACAUACCGAACCCGUGAGGAGAUUCAGCGCAUGCGCAGCACAAACGACCCCAUUGCCGGCCUCAAGCAGAAGCUCCUCGACUGGGGCGUCACCUCUGAGGAGGAGCUCAAGUCCAUCGACAAGCAGGCUCGUUCCGACGUCGAUGCUGAGGUCGCCGAGGCCGAGAACAUGGCUCCACCAGAGCCUACUGGCAAAGUCCUGUUCGAGGACAUUUAUGUCCGCGGCUCCGAGCCUGAGUUCCUCAGGGGACGCAUUCCCGAGGAGAACUUCUACUACACCGAGCACGACAUGGGUGGUGAGAAGAAGCCUGUCGCCAGGACAGCAUAG